CAACAUACAGCCCAAAGAAAGCUGCUGUUUAUCUGCUAUCCUAUAAUUUACAGUGCUGGCAAGGACAGGUGCCUGGUGAAGCCAAGCCAGACAGAGAAAAGUGUUGAGGGGUUUCUCUUACCAACAAAUCCCCCCUUCUUCAGGAAUCCCUUUCUUUCCUCUCCCCUUCAGCCGGCUUCUUCCAGCGCUCCAGCUUUCAUCUCUCCAGUAAAUGACAGCAGGAGGAAGAGAACGAAGCACUUUAAAUCAUCAGCAUUCCUCUUGCUCUUGUGUUUUCGCUCCGACUCUCCUCUCUUCCAGAUUUCUCCACAGCCUCCGGGGGGGUGGAAAGCAGGACCAUCAGUGAUACACCGCCGCGCGCUCCGCUGCAGGAGGCUGAACGUCAAUCACACAGGUAACCUAGGGAACCGCUGGGCCCGCCCCCCCAGCCAACGCUGAUUGGUCGGCAGGCAGAGAACCAGAAGUCACAAGUCCUCGCAGAUCCACAGAUGGGUACACGGCGAGCCGUGCUGGGAUCAUGUACAAAGCCAAGCAAACAGUAGUGGAUUGCGUUGCUCUUGAUAAACAGCAGCUCUGAUACCAGAUGGAGAGGGAAACGAUCUGUGGAGACUGUAACAUGGUGUUUCGCUCCGCCGGGCUGCUUGAGAAACACAAAGCACUGCUCUGCGUUGGGAGCAGGGCAGGACGCUCUCGGGUGCAAAGACACAGCUCUGAACUGCUCAUGAGAGACAAACCUGGAAGUGUGGACCUUAAACGAACAAGAACGCCUGACCUUGUUCAGCUGACAGGUCGCCACAGGAACACGACCAGAGGGAGGAGUGUCGAUGCCAAACCAAAGCCGGCGAGAGCAGAGGACAUACCAGCAGCCAGUCACACAGAGAGCGCCGCUCUACGAGAUCUCACGGAUGAGUUUCACAAGUUGAGGGUGUCCAUUGAAGAAAAUCUGUCCAACUGGUCGAAAAGGCCUGCAGAUCCUGAGGGCGAUGGGUGUCAGCUGGGACACAGCGAGAGACUGAAGGAGAUGAGGGAAAUGGCGACGCUCCAUGAGCGCCAACUGGCCCUGAUACGAGGUCACAACCAGCAGCUGGAGCAGCAGAGAGAUGAGCUGGCCCAUCAGGUAAGUGUCCUGUCUGAGCAGAGCAGCACGACUCACCUGGAGAGUCUGUUGAUGGAGCUCAGAGAGCAGGAGGAGAGAAAUGGGGAGACGCUGCAACAACUCGCCGAACAUCUCCAUCUACUACAUGUGCGAGGGAUUUCUGUACCCGUUGAUCAGACGGAACCACGCGAGGAUAAAAUGAUGCAUCAUGACAGCUUUGAGCUCAUUUCUUGUGCAAAUGGCCCUCUCUCUACCCAGAUAAAAGCCCUGCGGCAGGCGUACAUGCGGUCAGGUGGGUCAGAUCCAGCCAUUGUGGCACAAAUGAUUGACCUGCAAGCAGAGGCCCAAAGUCUGGAGAAGAGCCAAGCAGUGGCAGCCGGCAGGAAGCUGAAGCCUCCUCAGCGGGGACCGAGCUGCGAGCUGCUGGCUGUGGAGCAGGAGAACCGGAAGCUGGAGGAGGAGAUCCUCAGGAUUCAGCUGGCCAGAGGGCGACACCAUAACUAUGAAGCGCUGAUGACUGAGUUCGAGCUCAUUCAGCGGGAGAACCUAAUGCAGAUUCCCAGCUUACAGGCAGCGAUGGAGAGAAGCAAAGAAGCUCCCAGGCCCAGGAGGCAGCCUCCUCCACCUCCACCUCCUCCUCCUCAUCCACUCCCACUCCAAACCAGCACUCACAUUCAUGCGCCUCUUUCACUGCUUCAGGCCAGAUCCUUCUCCUCACCACCGGGAAGAUGCAUGUUGGACUCCCUGGACUGUCUGGGCCCGGCCCCCUACGACCCAGAAGCUGGUUUCAUCGUCUUCUACGACCUGGUGCUGGGAGUUAACGUCUCUCUGAGGGCUCUGCGCCUGGUGACAGCUCUCUACUCAGAAGGUCAGGAGGUGGGACCACCGACGCCGCUGCCCCCCGUCCGGUGCCUGCCGGGAGAGUCCCAGCCUUACACCCAGAGCCUCAACCCUGGAAACUACGCCUUCCUGUCCAUCAAACAGCCUGUACCCAGGAUUCAGCCAUCUCCCUCGCUCUCUCUAGUGGUGGAGGUACAAGCAGCGAAAGAUUUGGAUGUUCACGGCCACGAGGUCUUCAAACUGGUGUCCCACGGAUGGACGCAGAUGGAUCUCUUUGACCAGUACAACCAGCUCCGUAGUGGCCACUGGAGGGUGCCAGUGCGCAGUCUGCCUAUCAGACCCUCAUUAGGCCUCGCUCAGCUCAACUCAGUACCCCAGGUGGACAGCAUGGAGCUGUGUAUACGUUUGGUCAACGGACGAGAUGGACACAUACAGACUCUGGCAAAGCCUGAUCCGACCAGCAACAAUCACUAUAAAUAUCCAGCUGUGGUGCCCCCACAUCCUGCGACUGUCCAUGGAAAUGCAGUUCUGCCAGCACUAGUUGAUCCACACACCACAGAAGUCAAUCAACUCUCCUUUUUGCCUUCAACUGAUCACCAAGAGCCUCCACCUACAGACGAGGCCAGUCAAGAGUUGGAAAGGACAAGAACACCUUGAAGACAACCAGGAUGCAAAAUAUCCCUACUUGUCUAAACUUUGAUUAUUGUGUGAAGAGUAAAUCAAGGUUCCCUCUCAUCUCCUAAAGUCAGUGAAGGCUCAUUUUCUUCCCUUUUGUCGUUUUUGAAAUAUGCAGGAGUCUACAGUAAAAGCCUCGUUAUGCAGACUGGUCUGUGCCAUGGACAGAAGUCUCUUCAGUUUCGUAUAAAAUGUAUAAUUUACUGCCGUAAUUAAUGAAAAUAAACACCCGUCACAGUUCCC